CACGAGUGGAGUGACGGGACAAUCUUGAGUUUCUAUUUCCUUCCUUUUCGAGUUCCACCGUGCUUGAUAAUCGGGUAGACACGUUUGAGAACCUUACUCCAACUACGGAGUGGUGCAGCAACAUUCCCGUCCUUGUUUGGAGUGAUGGAUAUCUGCUAUUCAUAUUUUCUCCGCUCUCACAACCCCCACGCAAUCCUCACACAGCAGCACUCCAAACGCAACCGAUACGCCCCCUUGGUACAAGGAGACGAGAGCACCGCACAAUGUCGCCCACGAUGAAGGAAGCACUCGUUAGCAAAGGAACCCAAGUCGAGAUCGUGGACUCGCCCAUUCCGAACCCGAACGAGAACCAGGUUCUCAUCAAGGUGGUCGUCUCGGGCUCCAAUCCCAAAGACUGGAAACUGCCCGAGUGGUUUGGCGGCUCGACCAAUCAGGGCGACGACAUCGCCGGCAUCGUCGAGAAGGUCGGCGCCAAUGUCUUCGAGUUCAAGCCGGGCGACCGCGUGGCCGCCUUCCACGAGAUGCGCACCUCGGGAGGCAGCUAUGCCGAGUACGCCAUCGCAUGGCAGCACACGACCUUCCACAUCCCCGAGUCGGUCAGCUUUGAGGAGGCCGCUGCCGUCCCCCUCGCCGCCAUGACGGCGGCCGUGGGUCUGUACCUGCGCCUGGGCCUGCCGCAGCCGUGGUCGCCCGCGACGACGCAGACGCCGCUCAUCAUCUACGGCGCCGCCUCGGCGGUGGGCAUCUACGCGGUGCAGCUCGCCCGGCGCAGCAACAUCCACCCGAUCCUGUGCGUCGCCGGCCGCGCGACCGACUACGUCGCCGGCUUCCUCGACCCGAGCAAGGGCGACGCCGUCGUCGACUACCGGCAGGGCGACGAGGCCGUCGUCUCGGGCCUGGUCCGGGCCCUGGACGGCAGGCCGCCCGUCGCGCACGUGCUGGACGCCGUGUCGGAGAAGAGCAGCGUCCCCAACGUCGUCGAGGUGCUGAAGCGCGCCGGCGCCCGCGACGCCCAGGGCAAGCUCGGCGCCAAGGUCACCUUCGUGCUGGGCGUCGAGCAGGACCUGCCCGAGGGGGUCGACAAGACCCUCACCAUGGUCGGCACCGUGCACAAGGAGGCCAAGGACUUUGGCUACGUCUACUUCAGGUACUUCGCCAAGGGCCUGCAGGAGGGCUGGUUCAAGCCGCAGAGGACCGAGGUGGUGCCCGGGGGCCUGGGAGGUAUCCAAACGGCGCUGCUGAACCUGAGGGACGGCAAGGCGAGCGCGGUCAAGUACGUCUUUAGGAUCGCGGAGACGGAAGGGGUCCAGAGGUAGAUUAGGUUUCAGAUGUCGAGCCGUAAACCAGAUGAUUAAAGUUCG